AUGUCGACGCAUAUAACUGAGCUUUCUUAUGCGAUAUCGGACAUUCAGACUCGUAUAUUUGAGAUUCAGGAACUGCGCCAUAAAUCUCAAUCAUCGGACGGUGCAGAUGCAAGCACUACAAGCAUUAUCGACCAAUCUCUCAUGACCCUAGAUGAACGGUUGGAAACCGUCGAGAAAGGCAUCAAGAAUAUCAACGAAACUCUGGAACCCCUCUUGCAAACCGCCGCGACGCCAACGGUCUCAGAAAGCGGCAUUAGCAGCGACAACGCGGCAUUGCUUCGUAAACAUGCCACCCUAAUAUCGGAGUGGGAGUCUGUCCAGGAUGAAAGCGAAGUGCUGAGAGAGGAACUAAAGGAAGACAAGUGGCUUACUGUCUUUAGAACCGUCACCGACCAAGCGGAUGGCAUGAUGUCUAGUCUGGAAAAGGCGGUUACCAGGUGUCAAGAGUUUAUAUGGCAAGUCCAUCGCCGAGGAGCGGACGACUUUCAGUCCAAUGGUGCUCUGCCUUCUCGAAACGACAAAGUUUCCUUAAAUUAUGAAAGUUUCAGCACACUUCUGGAUUCGUAUGAAGCUAAGAAGAAACAUUACAUGCCUGCCACCUCUAAAGUUCUUUCUAUCAUUGAUAAAGGUGUUCGCGAUCGUGUCACGAAAAACGGAGAAACCUUGCGAAGGCAUGCGGAAUCUGCCCAACGUUGGAAAAAUCUUCGCGAACGAAUUUCACGAACAGAUGCGGAGAUGGAGAGUACGAGGAAACUUCUUUUGAACGAGGAUGGCGGAUCUGAACACGAAUCGACAACGUCUGGUACUACAUCCACCAAAAACGGGCAUUUGGCAACACCCCCUAGUGGAUCGCGUAUGUCAAGAGUAAGUUCAGCCAGCUCGACACUAUCUGGCUCAAUAUCACCCUUCCGCAAAUUUGCUCGCAAGAUCACAGGUCAGUCGAAACCGACUAGUCCAAUAGCGAUAUCUCCGCUGGCUGUGAGCAAGAAAACAACAACGUCGAGCAUCGAGCUUUCGACAUCAGCACCUCCUCCGCCUUCGUCAAUGCGAAAGCAGAGAACGUCUGUAUUUAAUUCUGUUCGCGGAGCACCUCCCAUUAUUCCAACUACACCCGAAAGACCCAGCCAUAAACACAGUCAAAGUUAUACGCCAGAUGCCUCUCCUCAUGGGCCCAAAACCGAGAAGAGUGAAUUCAACCCUUCGUCGACUUCCCGGAGCACAGCACCUCAACGGCAGCGAUGGAACAGUUCUACGAAAGUGGAGCCUUUUGACGAUCGCAAUUCCACAAUCAAAGGACUUCCCAAGAGGUCACCCUCCUCUACUGGAUAUUACGCUAAUAACGAUGAUAUUCCACCAGUACCACCGCUUUCUACCCCUUAUCGACGGAGUCUAUCCCGGGCCUCAAUGGCUUCAUCUCGACCAUGGUCACCUGUUACUUCUUCAAAUUCCACGACGUACUCUUCUUCUCAAUUUCAUCAUCCACCUGUAUUAGUACCUACGUUAAGGACACCGUCUCGAGCGCAAACACCAUCUCGAGCUAUUACCCCUGGCCUCGCUACAACACCUCGUACCAGACCGAAAACUCCAAGCCACAUCCCAGCGCCCUCUAAGACGCCAAGGUCUGUAUCAGGCGCGAAAUCUGUUGGUGGGUGGGAUGACGAAGAUGGAUAUUUCAAUCGAUCGCAUUCCCCUUCUUUUUCAGCGUCUGGUGUAAGCUCGGCUUCCCCUACUGCCAAAGUUCACCCACCACGGCCACCAAGUCGGUCGAUGAUUCCUGUACCUAGUGUGCAUCUGCACACGCCAUCUAGACCGUCAUCCGUGAUGUCGAACUUUAGUCGAUCAGAGAGUCCGACGAUGAGGUUCAAGGCGUCUGCUAUGCGUGCCCAGACGCCUGAACAUGCUCUCCGUGCACGUGCACAACAGGUGCCUGUUUUCCAUGGCACCAUGCCUCGAGCUAGGGUAUCGACUAAUAAACUUCCUCCUUCGAGUUUUAAGGAUGGGACCGCCAGUCGUGUACCUUCUCGACCUGGAUCCCGAGCUGGUGCCUAUACGCCAUCAAUGGACCAGUUGCCCUUGCAUGAAUAUAUUCCUGGAAGCAACUUUGAUCCUCUUGACGUUGAGGUGGCUGCUGUAGUGAAUGCCAUUCCUCAUGGACUGCUUGUUGAACGCGUAGAUCCUCCUCUCAAAAAGAACCAGAUCCCGAAGGAAGGAGAGGAAAUCAAAGCGCAAUAUGCAUUUUCUAAUUCACUAAGUCGGAAAGUAAUCACCUGCCGAUUGACGACUUUGGCAAGACCGGGCAGAACAGCUGAAGGAAAUACCAUAACCAAGAAGGUUAUGUGUCGCGUUGGCGGCGGGUGGCAAGAUUUGAGCCACUACAUCCUCAACCGCCAAGCUGGUCUCUAG